AUGUCUCAUGCUCGACAAACGCAAGUGAACCUCAGGCGCCAAUUACGACCUCAGUCAUCUCCACAAGCCGAGUUGCUGAAACUGCCAGCGAUCCCACCCAGACCCUCUGUCUCUCCGUCGCCCCCAGCAUCUCUUCGCUCAGAGUCUCAGGCAAAGCCCCCGAGACCUGACCUGUCGGUCUCGAAGCGAGCUCGUGUAGCGCGCUACCACAACUAUAUCCCUGAAGAGGAGACGAUCCGGAACGACUACUCCCAACGAUACGUCGACGGUGGCGAGUGGCCCCAAGACUGGGUGCUGGGAGCCGAACCUGAGCGUAGAUUUGAGGAGUAUCCCAAACAACAGCGUUUGCUCAAUCUUAAGAAGGAAUCUGUGAACAAUCACUCUGUCACGCCAUCAUAUAUUCCCUUCGCACGGCUACCAAGUCUCCACCCGUGCAAGUUUGACGUGAUCCUCCUCGACCCUCCUUUCUCCUCGUCGUUCAGCUGGGGUGAGCUGCAAGAGCUACCAAUACCUGCGCUCGCUGCAGAUCCCUCGUUUGUGUUCAUGUGGGUAGGUAGUGGAGCCGGUGAGGGUUUGGAAAGGGGCAGGGAAAUCCUCGCAAAGUGGGGCUAUCGGAGAUGCGAGGACGUCGUGUGGGUGAAGACAAAUCACACUACCAACCGUGGACCUGGAACUGAUCCACCUACAACCUCCUUGCUCACGAGGACGAAGCAACACUGUCUAAUGGGCAUCAAAGGAACUGUCCGGCGAUCCACUGACAGUUGGUUCGUUCAUUGCAAUGUGGACACGGAUGUCAUCAUCUGGGAAGGCGAUUCUGCGGACCCGACACGCAAGCCGCCGGAGAUGUACACGCUGAUCGAGAACUUCUGUCUUGGAACUCGGCGCCUCGAAAUCUUCGGUCGUGCGCGAUCGUCGCUGCGGCGAGGCUGGGUCUCGGCGCUCCUGGAUGGGGAAGAA